AUGACACGAGUGAAGCGUGGAAAUGUAGCGCGUAAGCGUCGCAACAAAAUUUUAGAACUUAAUCGCGGGUACCGUGGGUCACAUUCCACUUUAUUCCGUACAGCUCAGCAGCGUACUUUAAAAGCUCUUACAACAGCUUAUACUGACCGUCGUAAGAAAAAGCGUACGUACCGUCGUUUAUGGAUUCGCCGUAUUAAUGCAGCAGUACGUACGAAAGGAACGACUUAUAGUAAGUUUAUUCACACAAUGAAAAAGGACCAGAUUAUGCUCAACCGUAAGGUUCUUUCACAAUUAGUUAUUCUUGAUCCACCAAGUUUCUCAACUCUUACGAAGUAA